UGUGUCCCGCAGGUGCAGGACAACGUGGAGCGGUUCUUCACGCGCUUCCUGGAGGAAGGCAAGGCCACCGUGCGGCUGCGAGAGCCUCCCGUGGAUGUUUGUCUCAGCCAGGCAAAUGUCAGCAACUUGAAGACCUUCCUGUCAGCUGUGAGACUGGCACACCAGGGCUCUGAAGCAGCAGCUCUCCCUCUCUCCACCCUUGUCCCAGCGAAGAACUCUGAGGUGGAGAAACCCAAGACCAAAAUGAUCAUCACUUCAAGAAGAGACUAUCCCCUCACCAAAAACUUCCCUUACUCCCUCGAGCACCUCCAAACCUCCUACUGCAAGCUGGCCAGGAUUGACACUCGUGUGCUUGGCUUGAAGAAGCUCAGAAAACUGGACCUGAGUCACAACCACAUCAAGCAGCUUCCAGCACCCAUCGGCGACUUGGUGUUCCUGCAGGAGCUCAACCUGCAUGACAACCACCUGGAGGCCUUCAGUGGGGCCCUGUGCAGCUCCAGCCUGCAGAAGUCCCUGCAGUUCCUGGACCUGAGCCAGAACCAGCUCCAGGCCCUCCCCAUGGAGUUCUGCCAGCUGCAGGGGCUGGUGAAUGUCAAGCUGGAUGACAACCAGCUGGUCAGGCUGCCCUGCAAGAUCGGCCAGUUGAGUUGCCUGCGCUUCCUCUCAGCAGCUCGCAACAAACUGCCCUUCCUGCCCACUGAUUUCAGGAAGCUGUCCCUGGAGAAUCUGGAUCUCUUUGGGAAUCCCUUUGAGCAGCCUAAUCCGCUGGUGCCCAAUAUUCAGCUGAAGAUCCCGUUGACUCUGUUGGAGUGUGCUGCCAGAGCCACCAUCAAUCACAGAAUCCCUUAUGGAUGUCACCUCCUUCCUUCCCACCUUUGUGAAGACCUGGAAGUGGCUAAGACCUGCCAGUGUGGAAGUGCCUGUCUGAGCAGCUUCAUCCAGAUCACAGUGACCAUGAACCUCCACCACGUGGCUCACACCGUGGUGCUGGUGGACAACAUGGGAGGCACAGAGGCUCCAAUCCUCUGCUACUUCUGUUCCCUGGACUGCUAUUCCCAGUUCCUGGAUAGGCACCUCCAGAGCAAUGGGAAG